AUCAAUGCCCAUUGUAUUAAAAAUUAUGCAAUCUUAUCUGCCUUUCAAGCACAAGAUAACCAGAUACUGUCGCCAAGAAUGUUUUUUCCACAGUUUUUAUUCACUGGCACUGUUGACAGAUCCAUUCACUCUUAGCAUAGAGCAAGACUCAAAACUGGCCAAGAAAUAGGGACAGCAAGGCUUGAAGAAAUGAGGUUUCGGAGUCUUAUUAGAUCUAAUUAGACCAAAAUAUGGUUCAAAGCCUUUAAGUGUGUCACUAACCGAUAUAUUAAUACGUAUAUGUUGUCUUUUACGGUAUUGUAGAUCUAUACAUAAUCGAAACAGAUAUUC